CAUUACCACAGCGUUCCCAGGGUUCGGUGGAAGGAGUUCGUUCUCUUCUCGCCCUAAUCUUUUUAAACCUAACAGAGAACAAUUCCCAAAAUGGCCCUCGCGAGCAACCCUAAUUCCCUCCUCCCCUCCUCCUCCGGCGGCGGCGCCGCCGCGGGGCCGGCGGCGAAGACUCGCCUCCCCUGCCUCCUCCGCGCCUCAGCGGCCCCGCCGCGGCGGCGCCCGUGGCGGAUCUCGGCCGUGCACGCGGCGGAGCCGGCGAAGAACCCGUCGAUCGCCGCGAAGCCGGGGAGGUGGGCGGUGGAUAGCUGGAGAUCGAAGAAGGCGCUGCAGCUCCCAGAGUACACGAACAAGGAGGAGCUCGCGGCGGUGCUGAAGACCAUCGAGAGCUUCCCCCCAAUCGUGUUCGCCGGCGAGGCGCGCCACCUCGAGGAGCGACUCGCCGACGCGGCCGUGGGACGCGCCUUCCUCCUCCAGGGCGGCGACUGCGCCGAGAGCUUCAAGGAGUUCAAUGCCAACAACAUCCGCGACACCUUCCGCAUCCUCCUCCAGAUGGGCGCCGUCCUCAUGUUCGGCGGACAAAUGCCCGUCGUCAAGGUAGGGCGCAUGGCGGGGCAAUUCGCGAAGCCGAGAUCGGACCCGUUCGAGGAGAAGGACGGGGUGAAGCUGCCGAGCUACAGAGGGGACAACGUCAAUGGCGACGCCUUCGACGAGAAGUCGAGGGCGCCGGAUCCGCAGCGGAUGAUCAGGGCGUACACUCAGUCGGCGGCGACGCUCAACCUCCUCCGCGCCUUCGCCACCGGUGGCUACGCCGCCAUGCAGAGGGUCACCCACUGGAACCUCGACUUCACCGAGCACAGCGAGCAGGGCGAUAGGUACCAGGAGCUGGCACACCGCGUCGAUGAGGCCCUGGGGUUCAUGGCUGCUGCUGGGCUCACGAUGGACCAUCCAAUCAUGACCACGACCGAGUUCUGGACCUCUCACGAGUGCCUCCUCCUCCCCUAUGAGCAGGCUCUCACCCGCGAGGACUCCACCUCUGGUCUCUACUACGACUGCUCUGCCCACUUCCUCUGGGUCGGCGAGCGCACCCGCCAGCUCGAUGGUGCCCAUGUCGAGUUCCUUCGUGGCAUUGCCAACCCACUUGGCAUCAAGGUGAGUGACAAGAUGGACCCUAAGGAGCUGGUGAAGCUGAUUGAAAUCCUUAACCCUCAAAACAAGCCAGGGAGGAUCACCAUUAUCACAAGGAUGGGGGCAGAGAACAUGAGGGUGAAGCUCCCUCAUCUGAUCAGGGCCGUCCGUGGAGCUGGCCAGAUUGUGACGUGGGUCAGCGAUCCGAUGCACGGGAACACCAUCAAGGCCCCCUGUGGCCUCAAGACCCGGCCCUUCGACCGAAUUCUGGCGGAGGUGCGGGCGUUCUUCGAUGUUCACGAGCAAGAAGGGAGCCACCCGGGAGGCGUGCACCUGGAGAUGACCGGUCAGAAUGUGACGGAGUGCAUCGGCGGGUCACGGACUGUCACCUUCGACGACCUGAGCUCGCGCUACCACACGCACUGCGACCCGAGACUGAACGCCUCCCAGUCUCUCGAGCUGGCCUUCAUCAUCGCCGAGCGGCUCAGGAAGAGGAGGAUCGCGUCGCGGCAGCUCAACCAGCACAGCUACUCCAGCUCUUUGCCCUCCUUAGGACUUUAGAUGGGAGAUUGUAUUGUAAUAUUUUAUCGCCCUCUUUUUAUCCUCAUUUUCAGGUUAUGUAUGGACAAAGAACAAACCAGAACAACUCGAUGCGGUCGUUGAGAUAUAAAAGAAUAAAGUGGUUCAAGAUGUGGGCAUGAGAGUAAGCUUCACGGCCUAUUGACAUUCUCAUCCCUUUCGGACGGAAAAUUGAGUGGUAUUCCCUUUGUAUGCACUAAUUAACAUAUCCAGCAAUAUUAUAAAAGUCGACCUACAAGUAAAUAGCCCUGUCAUCUUCAGGGGUAA